AUGAAUUUCUGGCUUCUUACCCUUUGCUUCACCCUGGCAAAGGCCUGGGUUGUCAACGAAGGCACAACAUGUACUUUGUAUCCUGAGGCUUUGCUUCAUCACGGCCAAGCCGUUGAUGACUCGCCAUCUAUUCAGCAAGCUUUUGAUAUGUGCGGUACCAAUGGAACUGUCAUCUUCUCAAACAACCUCUUCCACGUCAACACUGUUUUGAACACAACCAACCUGUUGAACUGUGAUGUUCAUCUUCGCGGCGAGCUGCGCUUCUCUACCAACAUUCCAUACUGGAGAACUCAUGCUAUCAGCGUUGUCCUGCAGGAUCAAGUCACUGCUUGGCUCUUCGGAGGUACGAAUGUGAACUUCUACGGCGAGGGUGGCUUCUACAAUGGCAAUGGCCAGGCUUGGUACAAUGCAAACAAGAACGAGUCGAACCAGCCCGGUCGUCCUAUGAGUAUUACUUUCUACAACUCGACCAACCUUCUUGUUGAUCGCUUGCGUGUCAUCCAGCCACAGUUCUGGGCUACCUUUGUCUGGGAUAGCAAAAAUGUCUCCGUUACCAACCUGUUCGUCAAUGCUACUAGCAACAGCAAAUGGGGCACCAUGAACACCGAUGGCUAUGACUCCUGGAAGAGCGAUCAGCUGCUUGUGGAGAAUGCUACUAUCAUCAACGGUGACGAUUGUAUCGCGGCUAAGGGCAAUACUACCAAUCUUCUAGCCAGAAACAUCUACUGUGAAGGUGGUACUGGAAUUACCAUUGGAUCUAUUGGACAGUACCCGGAUAUGCCAGACUACAACAUCAACACUACAUUCGAGAAUGUAAAGAUCAAGAACGCCAUGGACGGUGCCUACAUCAAGACCUGGCAGGGUACUCGUAUCUACACCCCUAGCAACGAAGACUGGGGUGGUGGUGGCCGUGGCCUCGUGAAGAACAUUACUUUCCGCAACUUCGAGAUGGAGAAUGUUGGUCUGCCCAUUCAGAUGUCGCAGUGUGUUUACUCUGCCGACUCUAACAAGGGCUGCAACACAUCUAAGUUGCAGAUCGAAGAUGUCAAAUGGCAGAACAUUCACGGUACCUCCCGUUUCAACAUUGCUUCUUCCAUUUACUGCUCUGAUGAGCGCCCUUGCCCCAACAUCACAUUUGAUAAUAUCAAUAUCACCAGUGUCAACGCUACGCGCCACCUGCCGUACUAUGAUACGGAUGUUCAGCACCAGAUCUUCCAGUGUACCAACAUCAUUGGACAGAACAGCUCUGGAAUUCCUUGCAACCAGGCUGCGCCUAGUAACUUCAGCCAGUGGAUCUACGGUAAUGUUGAUAGCACGGGCUUGGCAACAUUGACCUAA